AAUAAAAACAAACCAAAACUAAACAAAUUAACUUACUUUUCAUUUAAUUAAUAUGAGUCUACCAACAGAUUUCGGGCCUGAUUCAGGUGGCAGAAUGAAGGGAAUAGUGAUAGUCAAGCCAAUAGUAUACGGAAACAUAGCAAGAUAUUUCGGCAAAAAACGCGAAGAAGACGGUCAUACUCAUCAAUGGACGGUAUACGUUAAGCCUUACAAUAACGAAGACAUGUCGACUUACGUUAAAAAAGUCCAAUUUAAAUUGCACGAAAGCUACGCCAAUCAAAACAGAAUCGUUGUUAAACCGCCAUACGAAUUGAGUGAAACGGGUUGGGGGGAAUUCGAAAUUGUCAUAAAAAUAUACUUUCACGAUCCUAACGAAAGACCGGUAACAAUGUAUCAUAUACUGAAAUUAUUUCAUUCGGGAAGUACACAGGAUAUUGGUAUUGAGCAGAGUAAAGGCUUGGUGUCUGAGAGCUACGAUGAAAUCAUAUUUCAAGAUCCCACACAAUUAAUGCAUCAUCUGUUGACGAAUACAAAGCAAUUAUCGCUGGGAAAUUGGGAACAUAAUACCAAUUUUGAAGAGAAAAAAGAAAAAACUUUGAAAACCAUCUUAGAAGCCAAACAAAAAGUAAGAUCCGAAAUUGCCAACUUAAAAAACAAAUUAAAACUAGCCAAGGAGACUAUAUCUUCAUUCAAAGAGGAAAUCGCCAAAUGCCAGGAAAAUCAGUUCGUCAUUUAAAUAAACGCUAGAGUAACUUUUAAUUCUUCGAUUUAUCGAAAAAUUUAAUUAUAAUAUAAGGA